AUGAUUGCAAAUAAUUUACUGCAUGUUCGACAUGAUACCAGUGAGUCAAUUACGUUGAUAUUUAUCCUUGUCAUCCUCAGCAAAGGGCAGACAAGGCAGCACAGCAGGCAAGCCGAAGCUGGUGCUGCUAAUGGCACCCGUGGGUCGGAGUGGAAGCACUUGGCUUGGGAGAUGCUGUCGUUGCUGCAUCCCGAGGGCGUGUACCUGUACGAGCCGGAAUACAUGCUGACUCGAAGUGGCUCCCCUGUCAUUCGCGAGGACGAGGCGAUGUCCCUCAUCGCAGGACUUUUCAACUGCAAAAUAACGGAAGAGUUUGUUGAGUGGAUGAAGUCAAGGCCAGAUAUUCGCACUGUGUACCGACACAUCUUUACUACUAGGGUAUGCAGGAGACUGGACUGGGGUUGCCUUCAAGCGGACAAACUCGCUCGGCUUUGCGGGGAAGCCCCAUACAGAAUGAUCAAGACGAUCCGCCUCCGCCUGGCCUGGAUCCACCACCUCUUCGCUGCACCCGACUUGGACCUCAAGGUCGCCUUCCUGAUACGAGACCCGCGCGCGAGUAUGGGGUCGCGCAAACGGCUGGGAUGGAGCAGAGGCGCGCGGGAGCUCUGCCCGAGAAUUGAGGAGGAUCUGAGACACGUGGCCGAACUGGAAAGGCUCUUCCCGGACAGAUUUUUCUUUCUGAAAUAUGAAGAUGCUUGUUGGGAGCCCUAUGGUUCUGCGCUGAGCAUCUACAGGUUCCUCGUAGGAGAGGACGUCACCACUCUGCCGGAGGUGUGGCAAUCCUACCUCGACCAGACAGCUUCCAGAGCCGAGGCCGAGGAAUGGAGGAAGGAGAUCGACGGAGCGACCCUGGAGGAGGUGGAAGAGUCCUGCGGCCGUGUCAUCGACUUCCUCGGCUACAACCACUUCGCUUCUACGAGAGAAAUGAGGAACCUGUCCAUUCCGCUCCUCAUUUGAACCUGGCUUGAUCGGUCGUAGGACUUGAAAAGGUUUCCUGCUGAUGUUGCUUUUCGUUAACUCAUGUCAAAUGACGUCUGUAUUUCUUAAAUGCGAUUUCGUCAGGGAGAAAACAAAGACAGUACAGAGACGUGGUUCUUAACCUUUUUACUGCCAUGCCUCCUUUAGGUAUUUGGCCUUCCCUCCACGCCCCCUUGCAUUUCUGAAUAAAAUUAUUAAAUUUAUUGAUAUUAAACUUAUCACUUGACCAUGCUCUCGUUAAAAGAAUAGGAAAUAUAGUUUGAGAAAUUCCUCCUUUUCCCCAAGGGCUCACGUCUCCCUUCGAAAUUACUGGUGCUCACCUAGGGAUGCGCGCCUAGGUUAAGAACCACUGAUAUAGAAAAUAAGAUGUCUAAACAAGUGUUGCCAGCUGAUUCAGAAUAUGCAUAUUUUUCAUUAUUUCUGUCAAUUGAAUCUUUUCUUAUUUGACUGCUAUAUUUCUGCCAAUUCCACACUCUCUACCCCCCGGGCUAUAUGAUGUAAUGCAUAUACAUAUGAUAAAGAGGCCAAUCUUAUGGGCUUCUUUAGCUGGCAAACUACGAACAAAGAAAAUCAAACUUUAGGAAAGUGGCUAUAUUCUAUGUUUCUUGAUGGCUAAUAAUGGUGUUGAUCAUUUAAAUAUCCAUUUUGUUGAACUAGGCACGCUGUUUCUGGGAGUUUUAUGUUAAAACUGGGGGUACUGAUCUAGGUUCUUGUAAAACUGGAGGGGAUAUUUCCCACCCCCUCCUUCCCGUCACUGCGCUCUUGUGCAUAUAGGUUAUGUAAGUACAAGUAACUUUUGCCAAUCACAGUUCUGACUAAUCACUCAAAAUACAAGUGUAGCAGCCCAAUAAAAAAACGAAUGAAAAUGUUUUAAAAGAUUAUGUUUAAAGUUGAAUACAUAGACGGGUAUUGGAACGGUUGUUUACUUCAAGGGCAGCUGAGCAGAACCAGGGCCUCUUGAAGGGGUUGGGAGGUAAAUUGCAUUCUUUGUCUAGUUUAUGUAUCUUGCCAUUAUUAUCUAAUGUUUUGGUGUUUUUUUCUAAUACGCCCGCAUAACGGAUCGUGAUAAUUUUAGUAUCGUUGGAUUCCUCUCACUCUCGAGUUUCCGAACAUACAGAAAUUACUGUGCGGAAACACCUAAACCCCUACAUUCUUGGUCCUGAUAGCAGGGGAGGGCAUGGAUGGUACCACGGAA